AUGGCCGACUCAACCCUUCCUUCGAACGGCCGCCUCGUCAACAUCGGCACUCACUCUCUGGCUCUCUACACUCAUGGCCCAGAGCCCAGCAGCUCUAGAGAUCCCGUUAUACUAUUCAUCUCCGGUGUGGCAAGCGAUGCCCUUAACUGGCAAGCUGUGGUGCGGCUGCUGGGUUCCACAUUGCGAAGUUACACUUACGACCGUUCCGGCUAUCAUAACUCAGAGUCUUCGCCGCUCGCUCCCUCAGCUGAGAAUGUUGCUUUGGAACUCUCUCUUUUGCUCGAAAGGGCGUCUAUCCGGAAUCCUCUGAUCUUAGUGGGUCACUCCUGGGCCGGUGUCCUCACACACGAGUAUAUCGCCCUGAAGGGAACUGACCAAAUCGCUGGUCUGGUGCUUGUAGACGCCAACCAUGAGACAGCACCACUAGUGAUGGAUGUAAACAAUCCAAUCCUCUGGACUGUUGCUGCGGGUGUUGAACCAUACUCUGCCUGGGGCGUGGAGGCGGGGCAUAAGUUGACGCAGGAGGAGUGGAACGCAUUUAGGGCGGCGGAAACAACCGAGAAGUUUGAGCUGAUUGCGAACAAGGAGGAUUUGGAGAACUACAUGCCAAGUUUCGAGACGCUGCGGAAGAAGGAGCUGAGCAAGAAGCAGCCACUUGUUGGAGACAAACCGGUUUACGUGAUUGGGGGCACGCGAAGCAGGGAUUGGAGUGGACUGUAUAAGGCCGGCAUUGCUAAGGGGAACGGGACUGAGGAGCAGAGAAGCUAUGUGAGAAAUUUGAUCAAGACAGUCGAUGCGAAGAAUCAGGGUCUCAUGAAAGAAUUCUUAAAACUCUCCACAAAGAGCAAGCUUAUCUUCGCCACUGAGAGUGGUCACUUUGUUCAGUUGACCCAGCCGGAAAUUGUUAUUGAUGGAGUGAAAUGGGUCCUAGAUAACAUACCGGCAUCUUCUUAG